CUUCUCUCCCCUCUCAAGGGGGUCGACGUGCCCUGCUUGCCUAGCCCAGAGAAGUUGGUAGCUGAGGAGUUGCAAUAAGCCUGGAGGAAUCCCGCCGUGCAACGAUCUUCAGGAGGACGCCGUAUAACAUCUGCUCCUUGGUUUAGGGGCAACAGAUGCGAGAUUUUCGUGAAUGGCCCUGUUCUUCCUGCGGUCCCCAAGGAGGUGGCUCAACAUCUGGGUUCCUUGCUAGAGGGAGGUUCUGCCUGGCUCUUGCGCUGGCUGCUCUCCCCAUCGUAGCUGCCAUUGAAGAACCAGCUGUUGUUCAUCAGGACUCCUGGGGAGACAUCUGGCUGUUCCGUUUCUUGGUCAACGCUGCAGGUUAUGCAAGCAUUGUGGUGCCGGGUUUCCUGCUUAUACAAUACUUCAAGAGGAAAAAUUAUCUUGAGACAGGCCGUGGCAUUUGCUUCCCAGUCAUCAAAUCCUGUGUCUUUGGCAAUGAGGCCAAGUCACCCCACCAGGAUGAUGCCUUGCUGGCGGCUCGGAACGAGACUGUAGAGUCCUCCACAGCCCGACAGAUCUUUAAGCUGCUGCUCUGUGCAACUGGUCUACAGAUCUCCUACCUGACAUGGGGUGUCCUCCAGGAGCGUGUGAUGACUAGAACAUAUGGAGCAACUGAGUCAGAUCCUGGUGAGAAGUUCAAGGAUUCUCAGUUCCUGGUCUUCAUGAACCGGAUCCUAGCCUGUACCGUGGCUGGCCUGUACUGUGCUCUGACCAAGCAGCCUCGCCAUGGUGCCCCCAUGUACAAGUAUUCCUUCGCCUCCCUGUCCAACAUCCUCAGCAGCUGGUGCCAGUAUGAGGCGCUCAAGUACAUCAGCUUCCCCACUCAGGUGCUGGCCAAAGCCUCCAAGGUGAUUCCGGUCAUGCUGAUGGGCAAGCUGGUGUCCCGCAAGAGCUACGAAUACUGGGAGUACCUGACGGCAGCCCUCAUCUCUGUAGGGGUCAGCAUGUUCUUGCUCUCCAGCGCACACGAAAAGCACCUCUCCACGGUCACCACCUUCUCUGGCGUGGUCCUCCUGGCUGGCUACAUUGUCUUCGACAGCUUCACAUCCAACUGGCAGGAUGCCCUUUUCACCUACAAGAUGUCCUCGGUGCAAAUGAUGUUUGGGGUGAAUGUCUUCUCGUGCCUCUUCACUGUGGGCUCGCUGCUGGAGCAGGGUGCCUUGCUGGAAUCGGCACGCUUCAUGGCACGCCACUCUGAGUUUGCUGCCCACGCCGUGCUUCUGUCAGUGUGCUCAGCCUUCGGGCAGCUGUUCAUCUUCUACACCAUCAACCAGUUUGGGGCUGCUGUCUUCACCAUCAUCAUGACAUUACGCCAAGCCUUUGCCAUCCUCCUUUCCUGUCUCAUCUAUGGCCACGCGGUCACCGUGGUGGGCGGGCUGGGGAUAGCGGUGGUCUUCACAGCCCUCUUCCUCCGCGUCUACGCCCGCAGCCGCAUGAAGAAGCGAGCAAAGAAACCACCUGUCGGUGAAGCUGCAGUGCAAAAGGUGUAGGGGCUGCUGAAUGGACCAGGGGCCCCGCACCCCUUCCAAGCUCCUGCCAGACCCUAAACACUUGCUUGAUCUCUCCCAUGAACUCAGCAGAGUGGGGAAGGAGAAACUUGUGGGGGUUGUCCCCUUCCCAGCUGAUAGUUCUUUGGGAAAUGCUGCUGGGAUUGGCUUGGGAGGAAGGAAGGGGCACUUUCCUCCGGUUGCCUUUUUGUGUCUGAGCAUUUCAAGUCUGCCGAGGCUCUCCGCUUAAGAAGACCCAGGCUUAUGAACAUGCUGGGGAGCCCGUUCUUGGUGAAAGAGUGCAGGUACACCGGAUGCCUGCCCUGACUCAUGGCUUUAUGCGGGGGUGGGAGGGGAGGAAGGCUUAUUUAUGAACAAGGCAAAUGGGAGUUUUUUUGUUUCUUUGUUUGCUGCAGGAUUCCUUCUGCUUACCACUUGGAGCUGCAUAUAAGGGAAUAGCAAAGGGGGGGGGGAUUAAAUUCCAUGUAAAACUACUCUGCCCCCUCAUCCCCUGCAUGGUUGGAAAGGAAGCCAAGCCUCUCCUGCAUAGGUAACCAGUGUUGGGGCCUAACUUAACUGGGUCUUGGAAUGGUUCUGCUGUGUAAGCGCUUUUCUCCAGCCACAGCCGCUUCUUUUCUGGCUCGGAAUAUUCACGUUCUUUUGCUCCACUGUUGAGUCCAUUUACCAAGAACUUGCACCGUGCAUGUCAUUUGGUUCUUGCUGUCCACCCUUUCCUUUCACUGCCUCAAACAACAGCCCCAGGCCCCCCUGAGGCCACUCAUGGGGCACUUCCCAGGGCUGUAUUGUUCCUGCAAAUGGUUUAGAAAAGCACAACUAUUGUCUUCUUGAAACAACCCUGCUCAGUACCUGAUCAAGGGGUUUGGGCUUUUUAUUUUGCUACUUUAGGCAUUCCCAACCCCACCAGUGUGGGCUUGUGUGGUGCUGGUAGCAUGUCUGCUUCUCCUGGAAACAGAGGAUGCGUUCCAGUCUCUUGGGGGUAUUGCAGAGACUUCAGCGGCAAACUCUGUUUCUGUGGGGAACUUGGCUGUGCCAAAGGUAGCAUAGCUGGAGUGGGGUGCCUGGCUUUGAAUUGUGCUGGCCCAGGUGUUGCUGCUUACUUAGAACCGUCUGUCUGCUUUUCAUCUUUUCUUUCUGGUGCCAGGAGGCAGCCGCUCUGGAUUUCAUGGGGACCAGGGCCUAAACAGCUUGGCACAGAGGCUGGGCCUUGUCCUUUUCUCUACACAAAACUGCUCUCAUAAGUGGGUGCAGGCUUGGAGACAGGAAGUUGGGCGGGGGGCACCCAUUUGCCUUCUUGUUGCUAAGCUGAAGGGGAAAUGUUUUUGGUACUUCUGAAACAAUUUUCUCAUUUUAUUAAAUUUUAAAAGAUGCUGCAAA